AGUUAUCAAGUUCUUUUCCGUGAAAAAUAUCAGGACUUCAUGAUAUGCGCUUUAGAAGAAGUACUUUGACGUGUGUGAUGACUAACGUGAUGAUAUCAUAAUGCUACUACAUUGUUGAAAAAGAGAUAUGGGUUUAGGAAACAAGUUACUUCUGAGCCAAGCAACAGGUUACACUGUGACCUUUUUGCUCUCCUUAUGUGUGGUUGUUCCUUUGAGCAUCAACAUAAAAAAUUUCAAGGGCCAUUGUUUAUUCUACACCACUGGCUACUUUGACAAUGAUGGAGGUUACCUACGAGCCUCCUGGGCUUCUCCAAGUUAUUGUAGCUUUGUUCUGUUUGUGGGAAUAAUGAUGAUGGUCAUGUCUGUAAUUCAAGUGGUUCGCUUUUCAGUUUUUCUCUUCAAGGGAGUAGACAGUUCCUUUCUGUCUGCUUUUCUGGACACAGUGAUUAACUUGCUGGUGACUGGCUUUAUCUUUGUAGCUUCUGUCAUUGUAACUGGAGGUCUCCAUACCUGGUGCAAUACUGUCAUGCAAAGGUUUCCCUCAUGUGAUGAUGCUGAACUACUACAGAUUGAUGAAAAAGAUGGGAUUGAUACUUUUGGUUUUUACAUUCAAAUGGGAACAGUUCAGUUCGGAUCAUGGAGUUCAUGGGUUUGCUGGGUUCUUUUAACUGUUCUGUCAACUUGCAAGUUAUGCCGAUACCACCAAGAGGAAAAUAUUCGAAUUAGUAUGGCUCGAGAACGAAGAAGACUAUUGGACCCAUCUCAGUGUCCAUCUUACACUAAUCCAGCAAUGGCAUUUUAAAUUGGUGGAAAAUAUGAAAGGAGAUGUAAUGAAAUUGGCACAGUAUUAUGUUUAAGGCAACCAGGAGAAGCUAAUACUUGUAUUUAUACAAGGCUGUAAAGACACUAUGAGCAUUACAAACAUAUCACUUAACAUGUGGCUGUAAACAGUGUUGUAGAUGUUAGUGAUAUGUACACUUCCAUUUUGAUUUUGAACAUGUUUUGUAAUGCCUGCAUAACCAGCUUAGCACUAUACAUAUAUUACUGAUGAUGGGUAGUAAAUUUUCAUGUUAGUUUAUAAUAGGAUAAGAUUUUGUUACUGUUGCUAACCAGCUUAUAAUAGACAGUUCACUAAAGCCAAAAAGGUAAUUUUCAUGCUGGUUUUUAGCACAUUAAUGUUCUGUUACAUUUGAUAACCACUUUGUCACUAAACAUUUUGAUGCUGAUAGACAAAAAGUUACAGAAUGAAGGACCAGGAUAAAGAUGUAUCAGAUAAUAAAAAAACAAAUCCUGUAGUUAUGUACAAAUUGGCUGUUCUUUUCACAUGAUUAAUAAUAUUUGAUAUAGAGCCUGUGAUUACCAAUACUUUUACUUUGUAAUAUCUAUUUAAAAUGUUAUUUUUGGAGAGAUAGAUGCAUUAUGUACUUUACAGUAUUUGUACAAAAAUGUAUUACUCAAACACUUAUCACAUUAAUUAUAUUACUUGUUUUUAGAAAAUGAUAAUUCUGCAUAUAACACUAUUCUUGGAUUUUCCUCUGAGAUCCUGUGUUUGUGGUGUUGUACAUUUUUUUAGUUUUCUCAAACUCAGAGUUUAUUAAAAGUAUUUGAAAUCA